AGACCGCUGAAGCCUUAACAACUUUUUUAUCUGGAGCACCACAGAGAUACGAGACCAACUCUUCAAGGAACUAAAACUUCAUUUCACUGGAAGACUAUCAGAUUAUUUGUGGCGGAGAUACUUAUUUGCGACCGAAGCAGAGAGCAGCUCCCGUUUAUAAGAAAGAAUAAUUAUUUUGUUGCGGCUUGAGUGUUAAAAUGGCUUGGAUAAAAAAGAAGUUCCCUCCUGGAGUAAAAACGCGGAAGAAAAAACUCGGCCAGCAGCUCACAAAUCAGCACGAAACGGAAGCUGUAAUCAGCAGUCUUAGCCACCAGUGCAAUGCACAGAGGAAGUAUAACAAUAUUGUCGAGUCGGCCGCACGACUGAGAAAGCGAUACUUUUAUUUUGGACUCCAAAACACAGCAUUGAAGCCAAUUGUUGUGCAAAAUUUAUCCGAGUAUCGCCCCUGCUGGCCGCACAAUAAGGAUUUUGAAAAGGUGGUUCCGUGCAGUCGGCAAAAUUUGCUGAUGAGCGGUGGUUCGUUGCUAAUGGAGAGGAGUUGCACGAUUGAAGAACUGCAGUUCCGCGAACUUGAGGAGCAAGUUUGGCUCCUUAUGUGGCUUGUCCUAGAACCCAAGAGACUGCAAUAUCUAGUUCAGAAAUAUGGAAACGAGCGAAUGAGCCGGCGGUGGGCCGAGGGCCGAUGGGGUUCGUGGCUGGUGUGGCGGGCCCUCCUCGUGAGCUGCUCGGCCGACGGCACCAAGAGUGCAAGCCCGGUGCGCCUCGACGAAAACCACGUGUGUGACAUGCCCUGCCUCAGGGACCACGUGAGCCGACUCCUCGAAAUCUGUGCGCCCACCAGGGACUACUGGCGCAUGUUCGGCUGGACUGGCCUCUCGGUUGACGCCAUCCUCCAGAAAAUCAUCACCGAAGACAUCAUGCCGAUGGUUCAUUCGCUGCAAGUAGUGCCUCCUGAACUUCAGGCGUCAUUGACCCGGCUAGCAGAUUAUCGUAGAGCGCUUGAGAAGGAGAAGGAAACCAAAACGUACUUUUCGAAGGAAAGAGACCAAAAUGUCAAAAGCGCAACAGCUGUACCAACGAUGCCGAGAAAACGGGGAAGACCAGCGAAAGCGGCGACUUUGAAAGGCAAAGAACCAGGUCGCAUCGAAAGAGUUUUUUUGUGGAAAUUCCUGCUAGAGCUACUUGAAGACCCGACAAUGAGGAACUGUUUGCGUUGGCUAUCAAGAGAGGAGGGCAUUUUCCGUAUUUUGAACACCGACCUGCUCGCCCGGUUGUGGGGCAGAAGGCACGGAAAUCCCGGCAUGACAUACGAGAAACUCGCCAGAGCAAUGAGGACUUACUACAGGUCGGGCACAUUCCUGAUGGUGCCAAGGUGUCGGAACCUGCCACGCAAACUCGUUUACCGCUUCUCGCCCUCGACCAUGCAAAAGUUUUGGCAGAGGUCCCAUCCGCAUGGCAAAUCGCCGCUUUCCGACCCUGAGUCUAGCCUGAUUAUUGAUAAUUAACGGCGAGAUAAAAGCGCUUCUGCAGGCUACGUGAUUGAAAAUUCAAAAGCUUUUUUUUGGCAGCAAAAUUUAUAGCCACAAAGUGGCGCUCCUGCUACUUCAGGACGAAUUUCGCUUCACUGGAUUUAUAUGCAUGUUCAAAGCCGCUAUACACAAGAGAAUAUAUACUCAGAUUAACGUGUCAACUUCAUGGAUUAAGCAAAAGUGUUUGUAAUUUGUUGUGUGUUUUAAAGCCAAGAUGCAUGUUUUUGUGGUUUCUGUUUUAUUUGUGUGCCGGAGGAGGUAUUAAAAAAGAGUAUGAAACACUGUU